GGGAUUUUUUUGGGAAUUUUUUGGGCUAUUUUGGGAUUAUUUCGGGAUAAUUUCAGGAUUAUUUCGGGAUUAUUUUGAGAUUAUUGUGGGAUGAUUUCGGGAUUAUUUCGAGGCUAAUUCCGAAUAUUUUGGGAAUUCUUUUCCCCAUGGGCUCCCCCCUGGCCCUGCUCCCCCUGCUGCUCCUCCUGGGGGGGGUCACCCCCAUUUUUGGGGGGGUCCCGAUGUUUGGGGCGGGGCUUCCCAAAGGGGGCGGGGCCUGUCCCGGGGGUUGCGCCUGCGACCGGGACGGAGCCUGGUGCCGGGGAGGGGGCGGGGGAGUCCCCCGGGGGCUCCCCCCGCGCUUGGCCACGCUCUCUCUGAUCCGCUGGGACAUCGAGGCCCUGCCCCAGGGGAGCUUCCGGCACCUUCCAGGGCUGACCCUGCUUCUCGUCACCUCGGGCCGUUUGGGAUCCAUCGGGGACGGAGCCUUCGAGGGACUGGGGGCCCUGGAGUAUCUGUUCAUCGAGGACUCCCAGCUGGGCUCCAUCGCUCCCUCGGCUCUCCGGGGGCUCCGGGGGCUCCAAUUCCUGAGUUUGGCCAACAACCGCCUGGAGUCGCUGCCUCCGGGGCUGUUCCAGGACCUGGGGACACUGACCCAGCUGGACCUCCGUGGCAACCCGUGGCGCUGUGACUGUGGCCUGCGCUGGCUGCUGGCCUGGCUGGGUGCCCGCCCCUCCCCCACCGGCCCUGAGGGCGGGGGGCGCUGCCGGGGGCCCCUCCCCCACCAGGGCACCCCCCUGGCACUGCUGAGCCCGCGGCAGCUCCAGUGCCAGCGCCACGAGCUGCGGCCGUUCCAGUCCCUGCCGUUCUCAUCCCUCGGGGCCGCGCCGUUCUGGCUUGGGGGACACCCGGGGGUGGCGCUGGCCCAGCCGGUGGCCGGGGGCUGCGCCCUGCUGGAGUGGGACCAGCUCGGGGGGAGGUUCCGGGCCCAGACCGUCAUCAACAGCUCCUCCCCCAUUGCCUGCCACCCCCUGGCCGUUGGUGACACCCUGCUGCUGGUGGUGGCCCAGGUGGGCGGCGGCUCCUGGGUUUGGCGCCGCUCCGGUGGCCCCGGCUCGCCCUUCAUCCGCCACCAAGCACUGGGCUCGGGCCAGCUCCGCCGUCCCCACGCCGUCACCGCCGCUCGCCUCGGCGGCCACCUCUACCUGGGGGUGGCCGACAGCUCCAAGGGCGGCACCAGCACCGUGUUCCGCUGGAGUUCCGGAGGGUUCUACCCACACCAGCGGCUGCGGCCAUGGCAGCGCGACACGCACCUGGAGUUCCUGGAACUGGGUGGGCGCGCGGCGCUCGUGGUGUGCAGCGCGACGCGGCGGCCGCUGGUUUACCGCUGGAGCGGCGGCGGCUUCGCCCCUCACACCGACAUCCCGCACGUGCCCGACGUGUACGCGGCCAAGCACUUCCGGGUCAAGGGCAGCGUGUUCCUGUGCCUGACGAGGUUUUUGGGGGAUGCCAAGGUGAUGCGCUGGGAGGGCUCCAUGUUCCGCGAGGUGCAGCAGGUGCCGGCCCGCGGCUCGCUGGUGUUCCAGCCGCUGCUCCUGGCGGGUCAGCGCUACGUCCUGCUGGGCAACGACUUCGCGCCGAGCCGCGUGUUCCGCCUGGGCGCUGGUGGCCGCCUGGAGCCCGGCCAGGAGCUGGCGGCGCCCACGCCCCGAGCCUUCGUCGCGCUGGCCGCGGGCCGGCAGCACUUCCUGCUGGCCACCAGCUUCAAGGGGGCCACGCAGAUCUAUGCGCACGUCACCGAGGACAUCGGGACGUGAGGGGACAGCGGGGAUGGUGGCCACUGUGUCACCGUGUCACCGAGGACAUCGGCACCUAAGGGGACGGUGGGGAUGGUGGGCACCGUGUCAUCGUGUCACCGAGGACAUCGGCACGUGAGGGGACAGCGGGGACGGUGGUCAUCGUGUCAUUGAGGACAUCCCAACGUGAGGGGACAGUGGCCACCGUGUCACCGAGGACAUCCGCACCUGAGGGGACAGAGGGGACGGUGGCCACUGUGUCACCGAGGACAUUGGGACAUGAGGGGACAGCAGCCACUGUGUCACCGUGUCAUCAAGGACAUCGGCACGUGAGGGGAUGGUGGCCAUUAUGUCACUGAGGACAUCGGCAUGUGAGGGGACAGCGGGGACAGUGGCCACUGUGUCACCAAGGACAUCUGGGGACAGUGGCCACCGCGUCAUCGAGGAUACUGGGACAUGAGGGGACAAUGGCCACUGUGUCACCGAGGACAUUGGAAUGUGAGGGGAUGGUGGCCGCUGUGUCACCAUGUCACCAAGGACAUUGGAUAUGAGGGGACGGUGGUCACCAUGUCAUCAAGGACAUCGGGACAUGAGGGGAUGGUGGCCACUGUGUCAUCGUGUCACCGAGGACAUCGGCACCUACGGACAGCAGGGACAGUGGCCACUGUGUCGCCAAGGACAUUGAGACAUGAGGGGACAUCAGGGGACAGUGGCCACCGUGUCACCAAGGACAUCUGGGGUCAGUGGCCAUCAUGUCAUUGUGGACGUUGGGACAUGAGGGGACAGCUGGGACAGUGGCCACCAUGUCACCAUGGACACUGGGACAGCUGGGACAGUGGCCACCAUGCUGUCAAGGACAUUGGGACAUCAGGGGACAGUGGCCAUCACGUCAUUGUGGACAUUGAGACAUGAGGGGACAGCUGGGACAGUGGCCACCACGUCACCAUGGACACUGGGACAGCUGGGGACAGAUGGGGACAGUGGCCACCAUGCCGCCAAGGACAUUGGAACAUCGGGGACAGUGGCCAUCACGUCACCGAGGACACCUGGGGACACCAUGGGGACAUCCCCGAGGGCUCGGUCACCUGAGGGACGCGGGGACAUUGACCGGACACCAGCGGGGACGUGGGGUCACCCAAUGUCCCCAAGGCCACCAUUGACCUGAUGUCCCCCUCCUGGUGCCACCAUCGCUCUGAUGUCCCCAAGGACACCAUCACUGACCCAAUGUCCCCAAGGCCAUCACUGUCACCUCAAUGUCAUCAUUGGUCUCGUGUCCUCGAUGGUGCCACCAUCACCUCAAUGUCCCCAAGGCUGUUGUCACCCCCAGUGUCACCCCUGCCUUGGUGUCACCUUCUGGUGCCAUUAGCACUCAGUGUCCCCAAGGCCACCAGCGACCCGAUGGCACCUCGGCCUCGUGUCAUCUGCUGGUGCCACCAUCAGCCCGCUGUCCCAACGGCCACUGUCACCCUGAUGUCACCAAGGCCACCAGUGACCCGAUAACCCCAAGGCCACCACUGUCACCCUGCUGUCCCCUCCUGGUGCCACCAUCACCCAGUGUCACCAAGGCCACCGCUGUCACCUCAGUGUCACCAUUGGUCUCAUGUCCUCGAUACUGCCACCAUCGCCUCGAUGUCCCCAAGGCCACCAGUGUCACCCCCAGCAUCACCCCUGCCUUGGUGUCACCUCCUGGUGCCAUCCUCACCCAAUGUCCCCAAGGCCACCAGUGACUCGAUGGCACCUCGGCCUCGUGUCACCUGCUGGUGCCACCAUGCCGCUGUCCCCAAGGCCACUGUCACCCUGAUGUCACCAAGGCCACCGUUGGCCAAAGCCACCACUGCCAUCUCAGUGUCA